AUUGUCCUGCUGGGAAAAACUGGAUCUGGGAAAAGCAACCUAGCUAACACCAUAUUUGGAGAGAAAUUAUUCACCACAAACCAUUCACCCAACUCUGGAACAAGAACAUGUCAAUCUGAAACCAAAUCUGUCAAUGGAAGAAGCGUCACUUUGAUCGACACUCCUGGUUUCUUUGAUGCAGAAAGGUCUGAGGACGACAUGAAGCCUGAGAUAGUGAGCUGUAUCACAGAGUGCGCUCCUGGGCCUCAUGCUUUUCUCAUUGUGCUGAAAGUGGAGAAAUUCACAGAGCAGGAGCAGGCUGUCAUCAACAAAAUAUGUCAAUAUUUCUCUGAAGAUGCUCUAAAAUAUGCUGUCAUUGUCUUCACUCAUGGUGACCAGCUCCGUAAAGGGAUGAAAAUUGAAGAGUUUGUCAAUCAGAAUAAGAAUCUGAGUGACCUGGUGAAGAGGUGUGGAGGCCGGUGCCACGUCAUUGAUAAUAAAUACUGGAAGAACAAACAGCAGAACAACUACAGGAGUAACCAGUUCCAGGUGGAGGACCUACUCAACACAAUAGACAAGAUGGUGAUGGAAAACAAUGGGGGCUGCUACACCAAUAUGAUGUUUGAAACAGUAGAGAAAGAAAUACAGAGAGAGGAAGAGAACAUUAGACAGUCAUCAGGAAACCUGCCAGUGGAAGAGAUCAGAAAACAGGCUAAAACCAGAGUGUCCGAGAGGUUUCUGAUCCAACUUGCAGGUACUGCAACAGGAGCAGUGUUUGGAGCUUUUUUUGGUGUGGCAGCCAUGGUCCGGUUAGUUUUCACAGCUAUAACUAACUUUAAAGGAUUAAUGACACUUGUGAAAAGAAUUCCAGCAGUGGGAGGAGCAGCCGUAGUAGCAGGAGGAGUAGAAGCAGCAGGACUGACAGCUGCCGGAGUGGUGGUAGGUGUGUCAACAGCAGGCUUGGCUGCAACAGGAGGAGUAAUGGGUGGUAUGAUUGGACACAAUGCAGCUGAGGGAGCAAAAACACCAUUGGAGGCAGCACAGUUGGCAGCUAAGGCUGUCAUGGACAAAGGAAAAGAUACACUUAAGCUGAAUUAACAUUUUUUUGCCACUUGCGCAACAACAUGAAGACAUAUUAGGUGCGUCUGACUGCAUGAGGUGCUGCGCUUAACGUGAUGCAUGAUAGUUAGAAAGUGUGUCCGACUAUUGCCAGUGCUGCAUAGCGUCACCAUGUCACAUGACACUAAAACCUUGUGGGAGGAAAACGGCUGCGGUUGCUUUUCUCCGGCUGCACAAAAGUGGAACCUGCUUUUUCCUGAUCUUGCAGCAUUUGUCUUUAAAUGCCACAAGAUUAUUCUUAGUAUGUUUUAUACAAUGAGCGACAACAACUUUCACAUCAUGCAUAGUCACUUUAUCCAUUGUAAAUACAAAAAUAAAAACAGAUUAGAGCAGCUUUAACUACAGGGAAGAAUCUUUGGGGCAGUGACCUUAAAAAGGUUGAGGGAAAUGUUCAAAUCUCUGUUAAUGUUCGUUUAGAAAUUAUUUGUAAAUAAUGUUAUAUAAUCAAAGAACUUUGGGCACGUGCCACCAUUAUAUAUUUGUAAUGUGUAAAAUACAUGUAAAUUUUAAUGUGUAAAGUGAACACUCUUUAAUUAUCUGACAGUGGUUGUUUGAAAUUGGUUUGGCUUUUCCAAUGUGUAUUUAUUAAAAAUCUAUUUAAAAACAAAUAAAAGUAUUGAUUGCUCAAGUU